UCAGUUUCCUGCCGGGUGAAGUGCGGUUCCGCUCCAACGCAGGGAGGGAGGAGAGGGAGCCAUGGCGUUGGUGCGCAGUGUCGUGUCUUCAGCCUGGCUGGCUGAGGCUAUCCGCACGGCCAAGGCAGGCACGCUGCGGGUGCUGGAUUGCUCCUGGUACCUGCCCACGGUGCCGCGCAACGGCAGGAAGGAGUUCGAGGAACGGCAUAUCUCGGGGGCCGCUUUCUUCGACCUUGACGAGUGCAGCGACACCUCGUCGCCCCACGACCACAUGAUGCCGCCGGCCGAGCAUUUCGGCCGGUACGUGGGUGCCCUGGGCAUCGGCAACGCCACGCACGUCGUGGUCUACGACGCCAGCGACUGGGGGAUGUUCUGCUCGCCGCGCGUCUGGUGGAUGUUCCGGGCUUUCGGGCACAGCCGGGUGUCGGUGCUGGACGGGGGGUUGGAGCUUUGGUGCCGCCAGGGUCUGCCGGUCACCGCCGAGAUUCAGCAGCUGCCUCCCACCCAGUUCCAGCCGCAGCCCCGAGCCUGUGUCAAGAGUUUCGAGCAGGUCCUGGACAACAUUGACAGCAAGGAGUUCCAGUUGGUGGAUGCCAGACCCUCGGGCAGGUUCCAAGGCACCCAACCUGAGCCCAGACCAGGUUUCGACCCUGGUCACAUCCCAGGCAGUGUCAAUAUCCCUUUCAGUGAAUUCUUGGACCCAGAGACUCUAAGGAUCAAGAGUGAGAAAGAGCUGCGGAACCUCUUUGAAGAGCGUGGUGUUGACCUGUCCAAACCGCUGGUGGGCACCUGUGGCUCAGGGGUCUCUGCCUGCCACGUCGCUCUUGCUGCCAGCCUGUGCGGGCAAGACAACGUGAUGAUCUACGAUGGCGCCUGGGUGGAGUGGUUCAGAAGAGCUAGUCCGAGUUACAUCAUCUCGGUGAAAAGUGAGAAAACUGGGUAAUCACCACUGAAGUCAAUGGCUUGGGGUUGAAGCCACACACAUCAAAGUUGCUGGUGAGCGCAGCAGGCCAG